GGUUUGAGAUCAUUAAUUUUGGAGUGUUGUUAUAACUGCAACUGCAAAUGAAGGCAUUAGCUACCAAACAUCUCCUGAUUUUUCUAAAUAUAAGUAUCAUUCAAAAGACAUCUUAGCUACUAGUAUUCUAACAAUGUUGGUCAUGCUCUCCAUUUUUCUUUCCAUCUUCCUAUCUUUUUAUUCCCAGCUGCAUCUUUCCAGUGGAGAACAUGUUACUUACAAAGCUCAAUUCUUAGAGAGGCUCCCUCUCCCAGCAACAGGGCCUGAGUCCAUUGCUUUUGAUGCUGCAGGUGGAGGCCCCUACACUGGUAUCUCCGACGGUAGAAUCCUCAAAUAUGUGAAUGGCAGCGUUGGGUUCGUGGAGUUUGCCAUCACUUCAUCUAACAGUUCCGAGGAAUUCUGUGUUGGCAACGGUAGUGUUGCAUUGGAUUUCACCUGUGGCCGCCCAUUCGGUCUGGGGUUCCACUAUCAAACUGGUGAUCUCUACAUCGCUGAUGCUUACUAUGGGCUUAUGGUGGUUGGUCCCAAUGGUGGGGUUGCUACCCAACUAGCCAAUGCUGCAGAUGGCGUUCCUUUUGGGUUCACUAAUGCUCUGGACGUCGACACCGAAACUGGAAUGGUUUAUUUGGUGGAUUACAGUUCUCAAUUUUCUGUCAACGAAUUCAGUGUCUCGCUCCAAGCCCAUGACAUGACCGGAAGGCUAAUGAAAUAUGACCCAGAAAGCAAGGAGCUGACGGUGCUGUUAGGAGGACUCGGGGGAGCGGCUGGAAUGGCAAUAAGCAAGGAUGGCUCCUUCAUUCUCAUUACAGAGACCGUCACUAAGAGAAUUCGAAAGUUCUGGCUGCAAGGCCCAAAAGCUACUACUUCAGAAAUUCUCAAGGAAUUCACUGUAAGACCGGCCAACAUUAAGAGGAAUGAAGAAGGAGAGUUUUGGGUUGCCUUUCUUGUUGCAGAUGAAACAGGCAGCUGUCCAUCACAGCAGCAAUCUCCAGGGCUAAGAAUUAGUGGAGAUGGCAUGAUUUUGGAGGCAAUCUCCCUUGACACACAGAGUGGUAUUAGUGAAGUUGCAGUUUAUAAUGGAAAAAUGUAUAUAGGGUCUCCCUUCUUGCACUUCGUUGAUGUUUAUGCAUGGGCUUCAGAGUGUCACCGGAGAGAAUGAAAAGGAAGAACUGAUGGGUAGGCCAAAUUAUGGGUAUCUUCCUGAUUGUGGGGGCAUGUGCUGUUAUCUUAAUAAAAUUGUACACACCGUUUUAAGAUCUUUUGAGCCUCAAGAAAAAAUAUUACCAUGAUCAGAUAUUAAUGAGAGUGUUGGGUGU